AUGACAUUGUCGACGCCUCCUCCCAUUAUUGAACAAGGAUCGAUUGUGAAAAUUCACUCGCUUCAGUCGGCGGGAGGCCAAAAGCUCAACGGAAAGAUUGGACUGGCACUGAAAAGGGUCAAGGACGACAAGGGCGACCUUCGAUGGCAAAUCAGAGUCAAGGGCGUCAAACCCAUCAAUGCCACGUCCUCCAUUAAACCGGCCAAUUUGGAAGUACAGGAACAUGUCCCAUUGCCCGUUGGAGGAGGAAGACCUCGUGGAUACGUCGAAGAUGUAAACCAUGAGGAUACCUGUGCCAUUCUCUGUGAGUUGUUAGUCAUGCAUACCGAAUUCUAUGAACCUCCAGAGACUCGAUUGACGGGGUAUCCAGCCGCUGCCUUUGGAGAACUUGGAGAUCAUUUCUCGGCGUUUACCGCCAUUCAGAUGGAAUGGGUGGGAGGCACCUACGCCUUGGCGAAUACCAUUGACAAGGGCAAGAAUCCCGCUUGCGAGGAAGUUGUCUUUGCCAUGCUUCAGGCACAUCCCAUGAUUAUUGACGUGUUCAUUCUCACAAUGACCAAUACACCUCUCAUUGGAACCAAGGAGGAAAUUGCCGACAAAACACACAUGUUCCACGAAUACCGAGAUGGUCGACACCAAAUGACCCCCGACCAACAAACAUCCAGCUAUAUCCUAACAAUGAAAGCUGGACCACUCUUUUUACUGCAACAAGUGGGCAAACUAGACAUGGGAGUGGCAUUCUUUGCAGCAAUGAAACGAAGCAAGGUAUUCCCCUUUUUGGUACAACGAAUGCUUCGUUUGAUUGGUGGAGAGGGCAUCGAAGCACCCGAUGGCGUAGGAUUGGGACCCCAGUGUCGAGAGAUUUUACCCAAGUUGUGUGCUGGCAUUAUUCCGGAUACGAUUACGGACAUGUUUGAAAAGGGACCCAUGACACCGGAAAAUGGCCUGAAACUACUGGAGCAUGUGGCAGAAUUUGAUGAAGUGGAAAACUUUCGUGGUGCUUUCAAAUCGACCAUGGGAGCCAUGUCACACGGCGCCACCGUGUCCAAGUAUCUCUCCAUGUUGAACAGAAAGAAAUAA